AUGUCUGAGGUACAGACUCGGACUGCCGCCUCGCGCGGCAGAGGUUCUGGUCGCGGUGGAAGAGGUGGAUUCGCCAGUCGAGGUGGCCGCACCCAAGGCAGAACCAAUGGCGAUAAGUUCGACCACAAGGACACCGACGAUGCGACUGCGUUUGAGGAUCAAGGCGAGCUCGGCGAGCUGAAGAAGCAAUACGGCAGCAAGACCCCUCUUAUCAAGGAGCUGUUCCCCGACUGGUCUGAGCAGGACAUUCUCUAUGCUCUCCAAGAGACAGAUGGCGACGAGAACCUCGCCGUCACCCGCAUUGCUGAAGGCACCAUUUCCCAAUGGGGUGAGGUCACAAAGAAGGCCCCCCGCUCCAAGGCCAAGGAGCCCUCGACUGCCAACCCCAUCAUCGACUCAUCCAAUGCCAGACCCGCUAGAGGCGGACGCAACGUGUCGGACGCUGGUCGCGGCCGCGGCAGGAACACUGAAAGAGGAGGCACUCGCGGUGGCCGUGGCAGAGCUUCGGCAGCCACCAAUGGUACCCGCCACACCAAGGAGAAUGCCCAGCCGUUGUCCGUCCCUACUGAGGAGUCCAACGCAUGGAACACUCCCUCCGAGGCCAAGGAGGCUCCCGCCGCCGAGGACCCCUGGGCCCCCAAGGAGACCAUCGAGAAGCCCGCCGCCGCUCCCGCUCCUGCUGCUGCACCCGAGGCCGCCAAGCCCGCCGCUCCUAUCCCCAAGACGUGGGCCAGCAUGCUCCGUCAGUCGACCGCUCCCAAGGCCGCCCCGAAGCCCCCCAAGGAGGAGCCCGCACCUAAGCCUGCCGAACCCAUCGAGCCUCUGCCUCCCGUGGCCCCUGCUGAAGAGCCUACACCUGCGCCCGAGCCUGAGCCUGAGCCGCAGCCGGAGCCUAUCGCUGAACUCCCCGCCGCCGAACCCGUUCAACAUGAAGAACCAGCUCCUGCAGAAGUACCAACCGUCAUUGAACCCGAAGUGGUUUUGCCGCCUUCCAAGGACCAACUCACUGAGACGAAUCUUGAACAGGUAGUCGACGAAUCGCAUCCACCCGCGACUGCUACCGUUGCCAGCACGACCGCCGACUCCUGGGAUCCCCGCCAAGCUGCCGCCAGCGCGACCGCGACCCCUCUGUCUGCCUCGCAGCAGCAACACCAGCCCAUCCGUCCUGCUGUCCCUACUGCUAACAGCGGCUUUGCUGCUUCAGCCAUCAAGGCCACCACCGAGAGGGGCUCUCGUACCCCGAGCUACCAGCGCCGUGUUCUGGACCAGGAGGAGGCUGUGCGCAUGCCUGGCAACCGCGAGGUAGACCGCGCUGCUGUCCAGUUCGGUGCCUUCAGCCUUAACGACGAGGACGACAUCGAUGGCGACCGCGAAGAGCCCGAGACCAGAACUCAGCCCCCCGCCGACUCCCCCGUCGCCCACCCCCGAACCUCUCUUCCCCCCGCUCCCCAACAAGCUCCGGUUCCCGAGGCCAUUGGCACCCAGAAGCCUGCUCCUGGCCUGCCCCCCGCGGCCGCCGCUACGCCCACUGGCCCUGCUAGCGCCGCUCCUCAGCCUCCUGCUUCCAACCAGACUCCUCAGCCCGCUGCUCAGCAGCAGUCUUACUCGCGCUUCGGCCAGGCUGGCUCUCAGGAGCCCGCUGGCUUCCAACAGAAGCCCAUCGAUCCCUUCACCCAGUCGAACCCUUCUGCCACCCAGAGCCAAUUCGACAGCUUCCCCACCCAAUCGCAACAGCAGAACCAGCAGCCCGGUGGAGCCUUCAGCUCUGCGCCCAGCGAAUACUCCAACUACUACACCGCCGACCAACAAAGCCGACCCCCCUACAACUACUACAACCAGCCCUACGGCCAGCAAGGUGCUCAGGGUCACCAGGACAGCCUCUCCUCCCAGCAGCAGAGAGGUUUCGGAGGCUACAAUGCAUCGCAGCAGGCUGAUAACCUCAGCCAAUACCCCCAGAGCGGCGGCGUCCAAAACCAGUCUCGCUAUGGAGGUGUCACCAGCGAUGCCCAGAACAGUGGCCACACCACCCCGAACCCCACGGCUCAAAGCCAACAGCAGGCCAGCCAGGCUUCCCAGCCUCAGUCUCACGGCCAGCAGGGCUACCCUUACAACAGCCACCCCUACUACAACAACGCUUACUACUCCAACUACAUGAACUACGGCCACUACGGCCAGCAGGGAUACGGCGGCGCCCCUUACGGCAAGGGCUACGGCCACCCCUACGGAAUGUCGCCCCAGGGCCCUUACGACCAUGCUUCCUCUCCUGCCGGUGGAUUCGGCCAGUCCUCUCUGCACCGUGCUGACAGCGGUCUGGCCUCUGGUCUGGGCAGUGAUUUCGGUGCCCGCGCUGGCUCUGCCCAGUCUGGCAACCAGCCUGGUCUGGCCGGCGCCAGCGGCUUUGGCGGCAUGCAGGACAGCUUCGGCGGCCGAGGCUCUUCCUUCCAGUCACCUGGUGGACAAGGCUUUAACAGCACCGCGCAGUCUAACGCUGCCUCCGCCGGUGAUGACUUGAAGCCCUUCGGUGACAGCAAGCCCGGCUCCGGCCCUUCGCCUUCGCUCGGCGGCGCUCGUCCUGGCUCGGCCACCAACAACACCCCCGGUCAGUCCGGUCUGCCUCCUCCUCAGUCCGCCUCUCAGAUGGGCGGCUACGGAGGCUACCCCAGCCACCUCCAGGGCCACAACCUCCACGGAAACAGUGGCUACGGCAUGGGCGGUGCCACCAGUGGACAGCACGGCAGCGCUGCUCCGUUUGGAUCCUACGGCCAGGGCGGCUACGGCAGUGGAUACUACGGCAGCAACAACCAGCAGGCGCGCGGCGGCUGGGGCGGAAACUACCACUAG